AUGUAUACUCAACUUUGCAAAGCGCUCUGUAGGGAUAUAUGUGUGUGCAGUCUUUCCAAAAACCUGAAUACGGAGAGCAGGUUCAACGUCAUGGCUAGUGAGAUGAUAUCUGUCAAUCGUUCUCUGCCCGACUAUCGUAACAACGAAUGUCAGGAUCAAACCUACAGAACCGAAAAUCUGCCAAAAACUUCUAUCAUUAUUGUUUUCCAUAAUGAAGCAUGGUCUACUCUUCUGCGAACUUUACAUUCUGUUAUUAAUCGGUCACCUCUUAAUCUCCUAGAGGAAAUUAUCUUGAUUGACGAUUUGUCCGAUCGUGACUAUCUGAAAGAACCACUAGAUGCCUACAUAAAACGUUUCCCUAUACCCAUGCGGAUUGUUCACCUAAAAAAGCGGAGCGGACUGAUUAGAGCGCGAUUAACAGGAUCGGGAAUGGCAAGGGGUCGCAUUUUAUUGUUUUUGGAUGCUCACGUUGAGGUUACUCACGGUUGGCUAGAACCACUUGUUGAUAGAGUCGUCGGUGACAGGAAACGCGUUGUUGCGCCAAUCAUUGAUGUCAUCUCAGAUGACACCUUCGAAUAUGUCACUGCUUCCGAAACUACAUGGGGAGGUUUCAACUGGCAUCUUAAUUUCCGCUGGUACCCCGUCGCCAAAAGGGAGAUCAGUAGAAGAAGAGGACUUCGCGCUUCUCCCAUUCAAACUCCCACCAUUGCUGGAGGUCUUUUCGCAAUUGAUAAGCAGUUUUUCUAUGACAUAGGAUCAUAUGAUGAGGGGAUGCAAGUUUGGGGAGGAGAAAAUCUGGAGAUAUCGUUCAGGGUGUGGAUGUGUGGCGGCUCAUUAGAAAUUCACCCUUGCUCUCGUGUUGGCCAUGUCUUCCGUAAACAAACUCCAUACACUUUCCCCGGUGGUACUGCGAAGGUCAUUCAUCACAAUGCUGCACGUACUGCUGAAGUUUGGAUGGAUAAGUAUAAGCAGUUCUUCUACAAAAUGGUACCAUCUGCACGUCAUGUCGAUCCUGGAGAUCUUACUAGCAGACGACAGCUCCGUGCCGAUCUACAAUGCAAAGACUUUGAAUGGUAUCUAAGGAAUAUCUAUCCAGAAGCACCGCUACCCUACGAUUUCAUUUCGUUGGGAGCAAUCUCAAAUCCGGCUUCCCGCGGUUGUAUCGAUACGAUGGCUAAGAAAGAGGGUCCAGUCGUCGAAACUUUGCCAUGCUUUAAAGAUGGACGCCUCAUUCACGUGAAGUCCGGUCAAUGUGUUUCCGCUGCCACAAAUGAAGUAGAGUUGAGAAAUUGUGACAACACUCCUAGUCAACAAAAGAUCAUCUUUUAUACACAAGUGGAGUCGUUUUCAAAGAUGGCAAGAGCUAGAGAAAGCAAGGGGAGAGCAUUUACGAGAACUAGCUCUACAGCGAAACUUCAUAAAAACUCCCACAGGAAUGUAUCUAACGCCGGAAAGGCCGCAAGACGCACGUUAGAGUCUUUUGGAUGCGAAGUCCUUUGGCGUGUUUGGGAGAAGCAGAAUGCAAGGAGUUCAACUGAAUGUCUGUUUGUCUUUUUGCCUAAGAAAGAUCGAGCUGACAUGACACGUCAGGAUACUGGAGCCCUUCCCAUAGAUCUGCUCACGGCUCACACGCAAAUGCGAUAUGUUGACCAUAGUUUUGAUAACAUCCGGCGGUAUAAGCGAUAUCAACACUUCCAGCACUUGCAAUAUGACCAAAGAAUGAUCCCAGAGCGGCUAUUGUUUCUUGGGCCUGAUCUUGCCGCUGCGCAUUUUCUUGUACACAGGGGUGCUUCUGUAAAAUUUCUUGGCGAUGACGCUUGGUACAGGAAAGACAAAAAUGGUAACUACAAGCUUCCGGGUCGUAAAAUCCCCGGUCUCUAUAUAGAAGCCAUCGAUGCGUCGGGAACAGAACUUAUGUUCGAAGGACUGGAAAACCUCCAGAACCUGAAGAAUUUGAGAAUGUUACGGCUUGCUGACUGCCCGUAUGUUGACGACUGGACGCUGUCACGAAUUGGAGGAAUGAUGGAGAAUCUGGAAAUGCUUGAUCUAAGCGGGUGCCAUCGCAUAUCAGCGAAAGGACUGAUGGGCUUGAAAAUGCUAAAAUCCUUGAAGUAUCUGCGUUUGGAAGGGGUCGAAACAAAGAAUUUUGAUUACGAACAUGAGCUGGAAAUGCUUGAGGCGGAUAUUCGAUUACUACAAAAUCCUAGCGUGAUUGAAGAUGCCAAGGGUAACAUGUUUGCGGAAGAUGAGAAUGGUAGGCUCUUCUACAUCAAUGGAAAUGUAAAUGAACGUCCGGUUGUUGAUGAUAAUGAUAAGCCGAUAGUGACGAGUACAAUUCGUAGAGAAAUUCCUGCCAUGAGUGACGAAGAAUUCGACAAGAUUGACAGAUUAUCUGGAGGAAAACUGCGUCAUCUUCUUUUGGGUUCACCGAGUGGUUAUGAAUGGAACUCGCAGGUGGAGACUAUACUUCAGUUUGAAGCUGACUAUAACGAAAAACGAGGAAUUCCUACCAAUACGAAAAUGCUGCCGAAAGAAAAGAGGGAGAAGUUCCCAGACAAGGAGAAACCCAGUCUUCUCGAGGCCGAACGACUUAAGUUUUUGAGUGAAGAGAAUGAAGAGUGGAAACAGCUGGAAAGGAAGUUGCUGACAGAUAAAGAUCAUGCCGCUGAAAUGCAGAAACUGGCCAGCGAUGAGGAACCGAAACAGAAAGCCCAGAAAGGGGGCGUUAGUUGAUGUUCUUAGGGUUCGGCCCUUUCUGUGAUUCCUGUUAUUACCGUAAUCACAGCAAUUUUUUAUGUCUAUGGAGCACGGAAACUACCGUAUAAGAGUAAUAAUGAAUACAGAAUAACGA